AUGAACACCAUGUUUCUGCUCGUAGUUUUUCUGUUGAUUCCAGCAACAUCAGCAUUUGACUCGACUCAGACAAACAGAACAAUUGUCAAUUCUACAAUCACUACCAAGAUCAAUGGUUCGAGUAUUGGCCUGGGCACUUGUUCGGAAUUUACUCCUCAAAGUUGUUCGGGUGUUUGUGGCCAGUUCUUUGAGUUAUGGUGUUCAUGUGAUGAAUAUUGUCAGGUAUAUAGACGAUGUUGUUUUGAUUAUGAAGCAGUUUGUAAAGAAGAAUCGGAGAAAUCCAAACAAGAUCAUGAAAACCUGAUGAACGUAACGGUAGAAUGUGACAGUAAUAUGUCGGGAGUUCACGUCCCUCAACAGAGAAUCAGUCCAGCUAGUGGUUGA